CGACGGGUGACCUUAGACCCCCGACCGAUCGACCUACUUCUUCAUCUUCACGCGCGGCGACGAGCUCGGCACGUCCGAUAUCAGCGUGAGGAUCGGCUGGAUCUCCCACAUCUUGUCUCCUGGGGUGGAGAGCAGCCGCGAGACCGUCCCGGCGACCGGCGUCCUUAUAUCCACCGACGCCUUGUGGGUGUCCACGACGGCCACGGUGUCGUCGGCCGCGACGCUGUCGCCUACUUGUACCGUGUACUCGAAGAGCUCGCCCAUCUCAUCAUUAAAAUAGCCGUCUCCAAUAAAGGGUGUCCGCACGAAGGUCUCGUUGGCGUUUUUGGUUGGCUGCUGCUGGCCGGACUCGUCGAAGGUGGCGAAUGGCGCGGCUCUUCGUGCGCGCAUGGCGAGGCGCGGCGCGCGGCGGAGGAGCGCUUGCAUUGCCAUGAUGCGGCACUACGUGCGCGUUCCUGCAGCUCUAGCGGCACGCGUAUCGCGUCCCAAGCUUACAGCGCUCUGAGCGUAGGGUUGCUCUCUCCCUCCGCUUCGAGUUUCGGGACGCGCAGGUUCAGAUGCGAUGAGUUAUAACGCAGCGAAUGAAUGCCAACCGUCGCGCCGCACCGACGGCCACAGCGCGCCGAUCAAGCUAUGAUGC